UAUAGCAUUUCAAGAGACAGUAUUCAAAAGCAUCGCACUGGUCACUUCAUUUGGUUUUUGCUUCAAAUCUUUGGUGUUUUUCGAUCAUUUUCGUUCUGCUUAAAGAAGUGAAGAUGCUUAAAUUUCCGUUUGUUACUACAGCAUUGGUCUUGCUUUCUUUGUUCAACGCAAAGAAGUUGAUAAUCCGAGAAAAUCAUGAUCCAGGAAAUUGUUCAAGAUCAAAUCAUGGCGAACUCAUAUUGGUAAAAGAUAGAGAGAACAGAGAUACCAUUUUAGUUUGUACUGAAGAUGAUGAAGUUUUUAGUUGGAAGACGACUGAUAAUUCGAAACCGCCCGGAGAAUUUUUUAAUCCUGGUUAUGACUGCCUGGAUAUCUUGAAUAAAAACCCGAAAUCGAAAGAUGGAUAUUAUUGGGUGAAUUUCAAUGCAGGAAAACCAAAAAAGGUCUACUGUGACAUGACAACAGAUGGUGGUGGGUAUAUAUUGUUUGGUUACAUCAAUGGCACUGUAACAUGGGGCGUCCCAUCAAAUAAUGAAACUGUUGAACCAUUUGGUGGUCCACACUGGUCCAGUGAGUUUGGCGAUGUUUCAGUUUUGGAUUUCAGAAUUCAAGUUGCUUCGGAUGAUGACAUGGAAAAGACGCAGGCUCACUGGGCAUUUCGUUUUAAGAAUAAACGUGUCUUAAAGAAUUUGAUGAUUGUUGAUCAAGGAGGAUGUCCAAACAAUUUCCCUGGUGUUGGAGAUGUGUCUUAUGUCAAAGAUUUGAUGACGGGUGAAAUUGUUUCGAAAGAUUUCUCUUGCUCAAUAUUUGGACCGUAUUCUUUUCCUUCUGCAAAAGUUGGCUGGACAAUGAUGAAUCUUUGUUUGGAACAACCAUGCCCAUAUGGUUUUGCUUACCAUUGGUUAUUUCCAGUUCAGGUUCAUUUCUCUGGGGGAUUCAGUUACGUCAGCAAGGCAAACAGCAGCAGUAGUGGUUCAACUGCAUUUUUUGGUUGCGAUAAAGGAAAGUGUUGUGCAUGUUAUGGACCACGUGGUGGAAGAGAUGUUUACUGUCUUGAAGAAUGUGAGGCAACAAAUGGUGGUACAAUAACAAAACAUGCAUCAGCUUGGUUCUGGGUCAGAUUGAAUCCUCCUCGUAAAGUUUGGGAGAAAUGCAUGGAAUUCAAAAGUGAAGAAGAAAAUGGUGAUAGUGCCUGGUAUAAACUAGAGGGAGAGAGAAAUAUUCCUGUCAAAGGAAGGUGUGGAAGAAGUGAACCAUUAAUAAAUGAUGGGGUGGUUGUCGUAGAAAAGUUGCAGGACAUUCCGGCAGUCACUGGAUUAUUGGCCUUUCAGAAAGAUAGUCAAACUCUAAAUUUAAGAGGCAACGAAACAUGGAAAACUCUUGCUGAAGAGGAAAAGAUCACGCACACUGUGUUGGAGAUGUACGAGCAAUUAACAACAAUGAAAGAAAGCGUUGAGAAAUUAGAAAAUGGGACGGCAAAGAAGUCGGAAACUUUGAAGAUGAUGCACACUGUGUCGGAGCAAUUACGAGAUUUCCAAACAACAGUGAAAGAAAGAGUAGACAAACUAGAGAGUACGACGGCAAAGAAGACGGAAACUUUGAAGAUCACACAAGGUGUGUCGCAACUUAAUGGGCAAUUGGCAAUUGUGAAAGAUCAAACGGUGAAGAAUUCCAGAUACUUGGAGGCACUGAAUCCUGGUGUUUGGAAGCUUGUGGCUCGUUUUUCAAACAACGACGGAAAAAAUUGGAUGAAAGAUGCCAAUUUCUGGUUUGACAAAACGUCACCUUACGGAAGAACAACGGAUCCUUCGUUGAACCAGGACAUGAUAUCCCAAGCUUUUUGGUUUUCACCUGCGAAUAACAUAAAAAUUACCAGAAGUGAUGACCCAACUCACACAGCUCUGUUAGAAACAACCAACAAUUGUCUCAACGGAAAAACAUUUCGUGAGUUUAUCACUUCUUUUGGAAACUUUCGUAAUGGAGCUGUUUGGUCGAGUAACAAAUGUCUGGGUAGUUGUGCGAUUAAAUAUGGCGGGUUAUAUCAGAGCACGACUGGAUUUGGGAUGCAUAGUUGCAGCAGUGGUAUUCAAAGUAGUAACUAUAUCGGGUUUUGGUGUGAGUGGUCUGCGGAUGCUGCAGUGAUGAUGAUUGGUGGAGGUGGAAGUGGUUGUGGUAGAGCAGAUCAUGGGAUUGGAAUAACAGAACAAGAUCCCGCACAGUUUGGCGGGAGCGACACUUACGCGGACUUUGGUUAUGAGACAAAAAUGGGCCCCAGGAAUCUCUGGGACAUGCCUGAAGAUAACCUAGUGCACUAA